AUGCAAUACGUGGAUCCGCCCGCGCAACAGAUGAUGAAUGUAAUGAGCGGCUACGCUUGUGGCUACGGCCGUAGCGAUGCACUAUCGCCAGCGUCCGAUUUGUCAUCAUGCAGUAGUGCUUCUUCGGGUGCUUGGUGCGGCACUGCAUGGCGAGAGUUACCGCCUUAUCCACAAUACACCCCGUAUUGGCCACCAACGACCGCCACCGCCACAGAGGACGCCCGCGAAUUACAGAGGCGAUGCGCGAAGUGCCGUUGUCCGAACUGCUUGACUGAAGCCGCAGGUUUUGGACCUAACUACGGCAAGGAUGGUGCGAAACGUGAACACGUUUGCCAUGUCCCCGGUUGCGGCAAAGUUUAUGGAAAAACAUCGCACUUAAAGGCCCAUCUCCGUUGGCAUACCGGUGAGCGCCCCUUCGUGUGUAACUGGCUGUUUUGUGGAAAACGUUUCACACGUUCCGACGAAUUGCAGAGACACCUGCGCACCCACACCGGAGAAAAGCGAUUCGCGUGUCAAUUGUGCACGAAACGUUUUAUGCGCUCCGAUCAUCUAGCGAAACAUGUGAAAACUCACGCUAACGUGACGAGAAAAUCGAAGAAAUCUAAAGAGGACGAUAAAGCUGAUUCGCCGAAACCUAGUGAGGAAAAAGUUGAUCAAAAGCAGCCGCUAAACGAAGUUUCUAUUCCGCAUUCAGUGUCAAUCGGGAGUUCUAACUUUGGAACAGUAAAUACUGCGCCAAAGCAGAUGCUGAAUUAUGCUACAGUGGCACCUCAAAUGAUGCACGGUACUCCAGCUAGUUAUAACAACAGUGCUGUGUUUGGAAGUGGUAGUGUCAUUUACGGAAGCGGUUGGUGUCCGGAGGUACGUCAGGAGUCUUACUACGCUCGUCCGCCUGCAAGAGACCCCCGGUUCUACCAACAAUACGCUUCACCGCUUACGGCGUACCAGUGCGGUUCGAAGGACAACUACACCAUGUUCCAAGGACAUUAUAACUUACAGCCGCCGGUAGCGAUUGGGCAAUAA